UAUCCGCAACUGGAGAUUUUGGAAUUGUACGUGGAAUACGAGGCCGUGGUUCGCAACAAGACUUUACUGGAUCAGUUGGUCUUAGGUGAUUCAAGCGGGUCUGAGAAGGGUAGUGGUGAAGAGGAAGAAGAGGAAGAAGAGGAUUUCUACGACAACAACGAAGAGGAUGUCGAGGAAGACUUAGGAGCAGAUUCACAAUAUGAGUCGCAACUUCCUGAGCAUGUAAGAACGGCGGAUCUUUGCGACUUUGACGUCGCCCCGGAGGCUGAUGAAAAGAUUAUGUGGGAUCCUGGGAUGGAAUUCCGAGUAGGGAUGGUAUUCCCAAAUCGCGAUGCCGUCCGAGCUUGUGCGACUACUUAUUCGGUCGGGGUGGGAAGGGAGUUCAAGGGUCGCCGAACUACCAACUCCACAAUAGUGUUGGCUUGCAGGCAGAACCCUGUAUGUAAAUGGUGGCUGCGCGCUACACUUCUGCAAGCAACUCAGACGUGGACGUUGACAAAAUAUAUUGGCCUGCACACGUGCAAUCAGCUGUUACCUGAUCCAAACCAUCGGAAUUUUGGGUCUGUUGCAAUCGCAGACUAUAUCAAGGGUCAAGUAAAGCUGCAACGUGAUAUACGGAUCGAUACCCUCAGAGCUGGAAUUUGGCAACAAGUUGGAGUUAGGCCUCCGUAUAAACGAAUAUGGAAUGCAAAGGAAAAGGCAAUAGCUGAUGUUUACGGUGGCUGGUAUGAAUCAUUUGCUAUGGUUCACAAGUUCAUGAACGAGAUGAUGCAUGUCAACCCUGGAUCUUUCUGGGAUGCAGAAGGCGCUGAGGUGUACACCGACGGGAUCCUUCAGCCGAAAGUCGUAACUUUCAUCCGAAUGUUCUGGACUUUCAAACCGACAAUUGAAGGGUUUCGUUUUUGCAAGCCAGUUUUGUUCGUCGACGGUACUCAUUUGUAUGGCAAAGCAAAUACAAAAUGACCUUGUUGAUCGCGUCGGCAAUCGAUGGGAACAGUCACAUCAUGCCACUGGCAUUUGCACUUGUUGAAUCUGAAAGUACUGCCAGUUAUGAGUACUUUUUUGAACAUUUGCGUGAGCACGUGAUUUGCGAAAGGAAGGUGGCCAUUAUAUCUGAUCGGCACGCUAGAAUAUUGUCGGUUCUGAAGCGUCCUGAAUGGGCCGGUGUCGCCCACAAGUUUUGCAUCAGACAUUUUUGUAGUAAUUUUCAGACCAAGUUUAGGAACAAGGUUUUGAAGAAGCUGGCGGAUAAAGCAGGCCGAGCAUAUCAGAAGCACAAGUAUAAACGCUACAUGGCAGCGAUCGAGAUUAGAAGCCCAGAAGCGUAUGCAUGGCUGACUAAGCAAGAAAAGCGGCCUAAAGAAAAGUGGACAAGAGUGUAUGACAAAAAAGGGCAACGCCACAAUGUGAUGACAACUAACUAUGCUGAGUCUGUCAAUGCGACACUGAAGAAUAUAAGGGGGCUUCCGAUCACAUCAAUGCUUGAGGCAAUUUUUGCUCGGAUGGUUAAAAUGUUCGACACGCGUUGGAAGACGUAUGAGGAGUUGAUUGCUACAAACGUUCACAACACCCCAAUAUGCAUCCAACUACUGAAGCAGAGGGGGGAGAAGGCUCGUUUUCAUACAAGUCAGACGUACGACCGUUCUACGAUGACAUGCAAAGUGGAAACUAGGAAGAACCACUCAAAUGGGAGAGGAGGAAAUACCCAUACGGUAAACCUUCAGCAUAAGAAAUGCACGUGCGGUAAAUUCCAGCAAUUUAAGUUGCCCUGCUCUCAUGCUAUGGCCGUUUGUGCGAAGGAGAAGCUGAACCCUCUUGAGUUUGUGCAUUGGCAUUACCAGACCAAGUUUGCAAUUCAAUGCUGGAACACUCCAUUUAAAGUGUUACGUGCCGGCACAUA